AUGCCAAGAAUAUAAACCUUAAAAACAAAAAAAGCGCCCAAAGGUUGGGAUUUAGUUGAAGAAAAAUUAAUGGAAUUAACAAAUAAAAUGAGAGAUGUAGAAAACGAGCCACAUGAAGGUAAAAGGAAGGUAGAAGCAUUAUGGCCUAUUUACAGGUUGCAUCAUGAAAGAUCAAGAUAUAUAUAUGAAAUGUAUUAUAAGAAAAGAGAAAUUUCAAAAGAGUUAUAUGAAUAUUGCCUAAGAGAAAAUUGGGCAGAUGCAAAUUUAGUUGCUAAAUGGAAAAAAGCUGGAUAUGAAAAAUUAUGUUGUUUAUAAUGUAUAUAACCUAAAGAUCAUAAUUAUGGUGGAACUUGUGUUUGUAGAGUCCCUAAAGGAUCUUUAGAAGAGGGUAGAAUAGUACAAUGUUAAGCUUGUGGAUGCAGGGGAUGUGCUUCUUGUGAUUGA